GCGUGCUUUAAUGGAACACCAAGUUUGUUUUGGUUUCAGUUCAACUUUUGAGGUUGGGUGUUGCAUUGGAACAGAAACUACCUUUCUACCAUCAGCAGAUUUUUUUGACUGCAUUUUGUCACCAUCAAUUCAACAAAACCUUCCUUUAGUGCCCCAUGAAAUAACUAAGCGAAACUUUACUACUCUCUUACAUUCGUCUGGGAAGUGCUUUCUGGUUUAACCUGUUGACAAGUCUUUCAGUUCGGUCCCGUCUUUUGUUGAGAGCAGUCGCAACAUUUUGUUGUUCCUGAUCCUUUCAAACGGCCGGUCUGAGUGUGUUGUGUUGUGUAAGUGGUCGCGUGGCUGCUUAAGAUUCCCUUCAUUUAACCGCCGAAACAUCUCAAAGUCCAAAUGAAGGGUGAGGGAAGCGCAAAAGAGUGUGGAAAAUCGGGAACCUUGGAUUCGUGCAAUUUUAUGCGCCAAUUCAGAGACUUGGAAUCACGCGAGCUAAAACAACUCACAGCAGCUCAGUUCAUGGAAGUGUGGGAUCAUUACGAUGAUGAUGGUAAUGGAUUCAUUGAAGGGACUGAACUAGACAGCUUUCUCAGAGAGUUUGUGUCCUCGGUCAAUCAGACGGACUGUGGCCCAGAGGUUGUAUCGGAUGUCAUGUUGCUGGAGCUUAGAGAGUGUUUUCUCGAAGCCUAUGAUGACAACCAAGACGGAAAAAUUGAAAUUCGUGAACUUGCUCAAUUGCUCCCAAUGGAAGAAAACUUCUUGUUGCUCUUCCGCUUUGACAAUCCGCUGGAUUCGAGUGUGGAAUUCAUGAAGCUGUGGCAUCAGUACGACGCCGAUGGGAGUGGUUCGAUUGAAGCGGAUGAACUGAAGAACUUCCUUCGUGAUUUGCUUCGAGAAGCCAAAAAGAGCCAAGAAGUGACUGAGGAUCAACUAAUUCAAUACACCGAUACAAUGCUACAAGUGUUCGACUCUAACAAAGAUGGAAAAUUACAGCUCUCCGAAAUGGCCAAAUUGCUUCCCGUCAAAGAGAAUUUUUUAACUCGCCAGGUUUUCAAGGGCUCCACCAAGUUGACGAAAGAAGACAUUGAACGAGUAUUUGCCCUAUAUGAUCGGGAUGGAAAUGGUACCAUCGAAAAUGAAGAGUUGAGAGGAUUUCUCAAAGAUCUUUUGGAACUCGUCAAAAAGGAUUACGAUACAAAAGAUUUGAUCGAUUUUGAGGAUACAAUCAUGAAAGGCUGCGACUUCAAUCGCGACGGAAAGAUAUCGAAGAAAGAGCUCACGAUGAUCUUGCUGGCUCUUUCGAAACAAGCCGGAGAAGAUUGAGAAUCCUCAAAUCAAAGAAAACCCAAAUAAUAUUAUUAUAAGAUUUAGAAAAGCAUUUGAUUUUGGUCUUACGGAAAAUGCAAGAGGAUUGGCAAACCCCAAUUUUCAGUUCAGUUUAGGCUUAAAAAAGUGAACAAAUAUUUCUUUAAACUUUGAGGAUGAUUUGGUGCGAAAAAAACACCAUUUUUUCUGGAGAAAAGCUGCAUCUGCAAUUUGCAACCAGUCCAAUCAAUGAAAUCUUAGAGCAUCCAAAAUUUUGGUUAAUUACGUUAAGACGGGGUCCAGAAAAAGAACAGUCUGGAUUUUCCAACCUCUCAGGCCUUUAUUACUCCAAUGAUUCUUUCGACAAAUUGUUAAGGGAGAGACAUAAAAUCCUCAAAGUAAGGGUAAUGUUGCUAAUUUUUGUGCAAACUUAACUUAUGAUUGAUAUCUCUGCAAAAAUUAAGAAACAUAUACGAAGAAAAGAGUCAUUUCGUGCGUUUCAAAAGAAUUUUUCGAAUCUGCGAUUACGUUAGGAUAAGGUAUUUUCCCCAAUUCCCCCUUUCAAUCGAACUUGCAAUUGGGGAUUCAAAUCAAACUUCAAUUAUCUGUUAUCCCACGCUAUAUCAACUUUGUUUUUUCGAAUCACUUAUAAAGUGCUCUGAUUUCCAUUUAAUGAAUUCCAUUAAGUAAUUGAGAUCCAACAAACAACCAUAACAUCUAGUCUCAUAACAACAAACUAUUGAAUGUUUAAAAUUGGUCAAUUGGUCAAUGCCAGUAAUGACGUUUUGCUACUUUUGUCUUUUUCAAUCAUUUAGAGAGGUCAUCGCUGUAAACAUUGGCCGUUCAAAAACAUUCUUCUCGAAACUAAAUUUAUUCCUCUUGUUAUCCUGUCAUGCUUUUGAAUCUGUGUUGCCAAAUACAUCGUUUUGAAUUCCUCCUGAAGAA